AUGCUCUGCUCCUUCACUUCGGAAUCCGUACUUCCGAUACUCACCUUCUCCCGAGACGCCGUCAAGAAGUCGCAACUGCCCGUGAAGAUGGAUUGUGAUCGAAUUAUAAACGGCUUCAUGUGGGCUGGUUACGAGAUCUCCCGCUCAGUCCCGGUGCUAUGCCUGGUUCUCCUGUCGCCCAGCUCGCAUGCGCAGAAUACACUCGAUAACACCUCGAUAUUCCUUACGUCUCCAACUCGCAAGGUUGAUUCUACUCGCUCGAUGACUUCUCAUUUCAAUUCUACAGCGUCCUCGAGUAGCCCGACACACGAACAAACUCCACCAGACAUGUUCCCCGCUACGACUCCUCCACACGACGAUGACACGCAUGACGUAUUCAAUUACUACUUCCUCUUUCUCGUCGUAUUCGGUGUAUUAGUGGCGAUACUACUGUGGUGGUUACAUCGACAGAAGCAACGACGGACAGAACUUGCACGGUUGAGCGGACAACAUGCACUGGCAAGAGACAUGGAAGGAUGGGCGGGCACUCGGCGGUUCAUGCAUGGGAGACACGCGCGUAAUCACCAGGCCGCGUUCAUUCGGCGUCAAGAGGGUCUUGAUGAGCACGGGGAGGCGCCACCUCCAUAUCAGCCAAAGAGCGAAUCCACGGGGGCACAAAGACCUGCCGAAGCAGCACAAGUCGCGGCUGGCCGCAUUAGCAUACCUCUCGGAACGGUAUCGAGAUACGAGAUAGAGGGAGCCCGCCCGCCAGCGUACCACGACGCUCGUGAGACUGAUCCAACUUGA